UUGUAUAGUCGACCACAUGAAUUUGCGCUCGGCGGUGUUUACAUUAUGCGGUGGUGUGACGAUCGCUGCGCACACCUGUAUCCUCGCGUGUUGAACUGAGUGUCCCCGGCUGAUAGUUGCCCUCGUGGCGUCCGCCUGCCCCACCUCCUUCCGGUAAAUGGGCAAGAUUACAUUACCACAACAAUUCAUGUGCGAAGGUAAAUUGAGAAAAGUGCUAUCCGACGUCUGAUUUUGCCCCGCGAAAUUGAACAUUGUGCGAGCGUUGCCAUCGAUCAGACAUGUCCGGGGCAACGGUGAACUCCGGAGUAGGCGAGAAGCCUCAGUCUGCCUUCAGUGCCGUCGUCAGGAAGAGCUUUUCGUCCUUCUCUGUGGACUCCAUAUUGAGUGGCGGGGAAUCCCGGCCGGCUAGACACGCAGACGAAGGUCGCGAAGGUGAGCACAGAGGCGGGCUGGGCUGCCCGAGCUCCACACACGCCGCAGACUUCCUCCUGCGGGAUGACCGCUCUAUAGAGUCCUGUAAGAAGGACCGAGAUGUCGGAGGACGGACCUCGCCGCCCUCGCCGGCGUGCGACGACGAUGACAGAGACGAGGACAUCCACGUGGACACUGACACAGAAGACGAGAAGGAACGAGACCGCCUACAGACCCAGCCUGUGAUCAGACCCACGGCCCUGGGACCCUUGCAAGACCCGCGACUCUCAGGGCUGGGUCACUCUGGACCCCCUCCCCCACACACACUCUUCCCCCAUCACCUGCAGGCGGGACUGUGGCCGUCGCUGCCCCUCCUCCACCAUCAACUCUCCCUCCGCGCCCUCGCCAAGACGCCGGAGCCGCCUCGGUUCCACGGCCCGAUGAAGGUGACGCUGCGGAAACACAAGCCCAACCGGAAGCCCCGCACGCCCUUCACCACCCAGCAGCUCCUGGCGCUGGAGAAAAAGUUCCGGGAGAAGCAGUACCUGAGCAUCGCCGAGAGGGCCGAGUUCUCCGCCUCCCUCAGCCUGACGGAGACGCAGGUCAAGAUCUGGUUCCAGAACCGACGCGCCAAGGACAAGCGGCUCAAGGAGUCAGAGAUGGAACGUCUCCGUCUGGCGUCCGAACCGCUCGUUCCGCCCAACCCCUUCCUUCCGCCCGCUUCCCUCCUGCCGCCCUUCCUGCUCAAUAGUCCGUUCGUCCAGGGCGGCCUACGCCACCCACUGGGGCCGCCCACAGCACCGCCGCCCACCGCCUCCCCGCCCACCUCACACUAGCAUCCGCAGGUCUGUCUUUUAUGGUACCCAUUCUCUUCCUGCUGUUGGGAAGAUCCUCCUUCAGGUACUCUUCUCUCCCCGGUACCUCCGCCUCGGUAUUACCUACCCGGUAUAUCGUAGUAGGUGCCUCCGCUUUGGUACCAUCUCCGGUACCUCUGCUUCGGUACUUACCCCAUCCCCCAGGUACUUUUGCCUCUGUACCAUUCCCCUGGUACCUCUUCCUUGGUACCCUUCCCCCCCCCCUCCCAGCGGUACCACUUCCCCGGUACCUCAUCGGUAAGCCGACGCUACUAGUCACGUCCCAGAAGUCGUCGUGAUGGUCGUCACUGUUUCCCAAAUGACGAGUCCAUGACGUGCACUGCUGACCUCAUCCGUGCACAUAGUCUACCGACCCCAUCAUGUACGUCCAGACACCACCGUGCACGGCCGACCCCAUUCUUGCACUAUCAGCGCCAUUCGUGCACCACUACUACCCCCCCCCCCUUCCACCCGUGCCCUAUCAACCCCCACCCGUGCCCUAUCAACCCCACCCGUGCACUACCAGACCUGCUACGCCCAGGUGAUGCUUACUGAACCAUCGUGAUGUUACCACGAAACUUGAUACAUACUGAACGACCUUGGAUGAACACUAUUGGUCUCCAGAGAAAACAGAACUGCGUUGUUUCUCCCUCCCUCCCCCCCUGGUGAUUUGUUUGUUAUGGCUGUAUCAUUGGCCAGUAUGGUGUGUGUGUGUGUGUGUGUGUGUGUGUGUGUGUACGCUCCGACUUGUACUGCCCUGUGAGGUGUAUGAGUGGUCCAGUGGUGUACAAUUGUGUAUUAUGAUGUAUAUUCCACGCUGCCUUGUCCUGUGUGGCAGAUGGUGCGGCUAGUGCCGUAUCUGCCCGUAUGGUGUAUGUUAAGGUUGUAUUGCCUCAUUUUUGACGUAUAUUAAGGCUUCAUUGAUCAGUAUGGUGUAUGUUAUGGUGGUAUUGACUUCGCGAGGUAUGUGUUGCUGCUGUAUUGAACUGCGAGGUAUAUGUUAUACCUAGGGUUUCUAAUAUGGCAUGAUUGAUGUAUUCCUGUAUGCUGAGUGUUACGUCUGUAUUCCCUGUGUGUGGUGUAUGUUACGACUGUAUUCCCCGUAUGGUGUAUGUGACGACUGUAUUCCCCAUAUGGUGUAUGUGACGACUGUAUUCCCCGUAUGGUGUAUGUGACGACUGUAUUCCCCAUAUGGUGUAUGUGACGACUGUAUUUCCCGUAUGGUGUAUGUGACGACUGUAUUUCCCGUAUGGUGUAUGUGACGACUGUAUUCCCCAUAUGGUGUAUGUGACGACUGUAUUCCCCGUAUGGUGUAUGUGACGACUGUAUUCCCCGUAUGGUGUACAUGACGACUGUAUUCCCCAUAUGGUGUAUGUGACGACUGUAUUCCCCGUAUGGUGUAUGUGACGACUGUAUUCCCCGUAUGGUGUACAUGACGACUGUAUUCCCCGUAUGGUGUAUGUGACGGCUGUAUUCCUCGUAUGGUCGUAUGGUGUAUGUGAUGACUGUAUUCCCCGUAUGGUGUAUGUCACAGUUGUAUUCCCCGUAUAGUGUAUGUGACUACCGAAUCUUCCUCUGGAGUGCGUUGACUAUUUCAUAUCACGCCAAGCUUGGCGGUCUCUAAGGCUUCACCUCAGAAAGCGUCGCUCAAACAACAGAUAAAGCGAAAUGUGAAGAAACCUGUCAUGUCUAAUGUUGUAUGCCAGUGCCCUCAACGUACAAAAUAAGGGGUACUAUGAAAAGUAGAGGCUCAAAAAUAUGCACGUUUUCUAUACGUUAGGUUGGUUAGGUUAGGUGGGUGGCUUGAGUUUGUGCUUUUUUAGUACCUCCUUAUUUUGUAUGUUGUGGCAGUUCAAGAGAACUGGCUGGACUGUGAACAGUUAGAACACACAUGUCCCCCUUCACUUCACAGCAGUCAUGUUAACCAGUCAGAUAUGACGCUCGCCUCUGUUCUUGUCACGCACACACACACACACACACACACACACACACACACACACACACACACACACACACACACACACACACACACACACACACACCGAUAUACAAGGGCAAUUUUACUUGUUUGUUGUUAUUGCGAAGAAUUUUUCACGUAUGUUUACCUCUGUACAUAUUGUAUACUUGUAUAAUGAAGGACACUUGUAUAAUUACCUGUACUUGCUUGCCAAAGAGCGUAAUAUGCAUUAUAUUGUUUAUCUUGUUUAAACUAAUUUAUAAUAAUAAAGGUAUUUUUAUAAU